AUGUCCUGCACAACAAAAAUCCCUCGAGGGGAUGUCAUAGUUCCAUUAAACUUCUAUGAAGCUCCAGCCAAUGGCUCCGAGCCUUACUUCGUCGUUAGCAGAGAAGACGGCAUUGCACCAAAAUUCAACUUUUCAGACAAUAGCGUAGAUGUCAUUAUAUCUGAUAUCCGCGACUCUGAAAACACUUUCAGCCUAGACCGUGACGCAUUCCAAAUUGUAACAGAUGCGUCCCCGCCAUCUGAGGGAAUAGACUUCACGGAUGAUGAGUCUAUCAGGGUGAAUUACUAUCCAGAGGUCCAACAAUUGAUCUCGGAAAGACUGCCAGGUGAUCUCCAGAUCUUCAUUUAUGACCACACUGUGCGCCACCAAGUUGAGGGAGGAGCGCAGCAUCGACCUUUGACUAGGGUCCAUAUCGAUCACACGACCAACAAUGCUAUUCAACGUGUACGACAAUUCUUUCCCACAGAGGCAGACCGCCUCCUGAAAGGCCGCUACCGGAUUGUCAACGUGUGGCGACCAUUAAACAAAAAGCCACUAGAGUCAUAUCCACUCGCCUUUGCAUCCGCCUCGACAUUCGAUAACGCCGAUGUGGUACCCAUACAACAUCGGUACAUGGAUGGAAGCUUAGUCAGAGAAGCAGGCCUCAUAAAACACAGGUCUAGCCAAGCCUGGUACUACCUCAGCGGCAUGACAGACCGCGAGAGAAUACUACUCAAGUGCUUUGAUAGCGAUUCAUUGGAAGGAGGCUCCGGAACUGCUUGUAAAACCCCACAUACUGCAUUUAGGGACCCGAGGACUCAAGAAAAUGCUGAAGGGCGAUUCAGUAUUGAGGUACGCGGCAUGGUAUUUGGCGGAUGA